CUCGAAUCCACGCUGCCAAACGACCCUUGGCCCGGCCGUGAUCCGGCCCGUGACGCUUUUGCCUUUGAUUUUCAUUAAUCGCGGAGACCAAUUCGCUGUCUCCACAAAAAACCUCCCGCUCUGAGCUUCGCUAGAGCUUUAAUGGCGGAUCAUCUGCAACGAUUCUCGUUUAUUUCUUCCCAUCAGAUCCUUUAAUGGCGUCUCGUCGAUCGAUUCUCUUCUUCUCAUUCUUCCUUCUCCUAUCUCAGAGUUUCGUCGCUCCGAUUCUUGCCAGAUCGAACGGAGGAGAAGAAGAGGAGUUCUGGGAGGAGUUGCUUUUGAGGCCUUUGCCAGAUCGGAAGGUCUUAGCUCACUUCCAUCUCGAGAGCACAUCUCCCCCCACCAACACCUAUGGGCCCCACCACCGGAUCUUCCCCAAGGCCGUUUAUCAGUUGGUCCAUAAAUUUCGAGUUCGGGAAAUGGAGUUGUCAUUCACACAAGGUCGUUGGAACUAUGAGCGCUGGGGUGGGUUUGACCCCAUGCCAAGCAGCAACGCCAAGCCCCCUGGCGUUGAGCUUUGGGCCAUCUUUGACGUCCCACUUGAUCAGGUAGAUGCAACCUGGAAGAAUCUGACUCAUGCUCUUUCGGGUCUUUUCUGCGCUUCUAUCAAUUUCCUAGAGUCUUCUACUGCUUAUUCUGCUCCAGAUUGGGGUUUCCAAUCACAUUCGGGCAAUUUGAGAUAUGGUGCAUUGCCCCGAGAAGCCGUCUGCACUGAGAAUCUCACUCCAUGGUUGAAGCUGCUUCCUUGUAGAGACAAAGCUGGGCUUGCUGCGAUAAUGGACAGGUCAUCUAUCUACAGAGGAUACUAUCAUUCACAACGAUUGCGAUUGAUUUCGACCGAAUUUGGUCUGGAAGAGGGAGUGGGUGGAGGCAUUGUACUUGAACAGACGCUGACUGUUGUGCUCCAACCCAGUGUCCGAAGAACCGUGACAGCUUAUUCUAGUGAGAGAUCUUUGCAGCCAAGUUGGUCCCUUAGUUCAUUGUUUGGAAGGAAGGUGACUGGACCGUGUGUUAUUGCAAAGUCUAGCAGUGUAUUUCUUGAACUAGAGAGGGGCUUAGUCAUGGAACUAGAGAAGAUGGGAAUGGAGAAUGGAAGAUUUGAAGCCGAUCCAAGCUUUGAAUUACCUGCUAUUCCGGACAAGCUGAUUAGAGAAGUGGAGAACUUGCAUGGUCAAAGCUCUUCUAUUAUUUAUGAGUUCUCUGUUGACAAUUACAGCAGUCAUAAGCCUCUUGAUAUGGGUAUUACAUGGAAGCUUCCUGUAAUGUGGUCAUGCCUUCAAGCACCAUUCCAUGUGAGCAGGUUUUUAAUGGGAAGUGGGAAUGAAAGGGGUUCGAUAGCUCUUUCUCUGAAGCCUACACAGUUACAUGGUGGGUUAUUGGAUGGUGAGAUUGCAUCUCCAAUGUCAAAUGGGGAUGGGUGUACAGUACGAGCUGUCAUUUUCCAGGUUGUGCCCUGGUAUGUUAAAGUUUAUUACCACACUCUACAAAUGUUUAUAGAUGGACAGCCCCAGGCAGUCUCAGAUGUGGUUGAAAAGAUGCAUGUCUCACCCUCAGAAGAUAAAGUUUCGCCUGGAGUGAUGGAAAUGGUACUUAGAAUCCCUUGUGACAUGCAGUCAGCUGCACUAACUAUAGAUUUUGAUAAGGGUUUUCUACACAUUGAUGAAUAUCCACCAGAUGCUAAUCAGGGAUUUGACAUUCCUUCUGCUGUAAUCAGCUUUCCUGACUUCCAAUCAACCAAACAUUUUCUUGAGGAGAACUCUAGCAAGUCACUGAUGUUAUUAAAAUUUCAGGAAAACAAUCUUGUGCGUUCCUACACAGAAGUACUGCUUGUGCCUUUGACCACACCUGAUUUUAGCAUGCCUUACAAUGUCAUCACAUUCACGUGCACUGUUUUGGCCUUAUAUUUUGGGUCUCUGCUCAAUGUUUUACGGAGGCGAGUUGGUGAGGAGGAAAGAUUCUUUAAAAGCAAAGCUGCCAUGAGGCCUGGGCUGAUCCCGCAGCUCCUGUCCAAGCUGUCUGCCAAGCUAAGAGGAAGGCCACAGGAACCGCCCCUGCUGUCACCGUCAUCAUCAUCUAUCUUCAGCCCUAAGCUAUUAUUCAAAGUCAUAUUAGUAGCUGCAGUUGCAGUCGGUUGGCAUUAUUAUUCGAACGAAUGAUCAUUGAUGCUAAUUUGGCAAGGCAUAUCCUUUUCUUGUACAAUGAAAUUUUGUAAUUUUCCAUAGAUGGUUAGAAAUGGAUGUCCGGUGAAAUACAAUGAACGGCGCAGAAACAAGUUAUA